AUGUUGGAGGGUGGCCAGAAAGCUUUAUGGAGGGGUGCAGUCAUGAAGCCAGCAGCGGACAAGAUGUUCCUUGAGGGCACAGGGCCUUACGUGGACCUUGAGGAGGCUGGGGGAAGUACAAGUUUGUUGAUGGAUUUAGCUGUCAAUAAAAAGUCAGUACAUGUAGACUUCUUUAAUAAUUUUGAUGAUGACGAUAUCCAGUGAAAUUCAACUUCCUGCUGUGCUAAAUACCUAUGUUUCUUGUAGAAGCAGACUAUAUUCCUAACAAAAGAUAGGAAAAUGUGAAUAUUGUCUCCAAGCCAUGAAAGAGCGCUUCGAAAUGGCCA